CCAUGUCCAUCAUCUACCUCUCUGGACGGUCAAGUUCGCUGGCACGUCACGUCCGCACUUGAACUUGCAGCAGCUCAGGGGGCUUCGCUUACUUUCCAUUCCUGUCUUGUAUUCUUCUCCAAGAAGCCAUGAAGCCCAACACAAGCGUCUUCUCGCCGGUACAAGCGUCUUUUCUGCACUAUUCUCUAUAAUUCAUGUGGGAUACCCGAUGCAUCGCUGAAGAAGAUUUUUACUCUGGACACCCUGAAGACUCUGGCGCUUCCCAAUGUGAGCCCAGCUGAGACCGAGUCCAACAUGUCUCGCCGCAAGCAGGGCAAACCCCAGCACUUAAGCAAACGGGAGUUUUCGCCCGAGCCCGUGACGGCAGAUAUCCCAGAGGACGGGGAAAGCAAUCCCGGAUCAGAACCAUCCACCCCUAAAGGGGACCAGGACCUGCUCACCUGUGGUCAGUGCCGCUCCAGGUUUCCUUUGGCCGACAUCCUGGUGUUCAUUGAGCACAAACGCAGGCAGUGUCAAGGACGCCUAUGCAUGGACAAAAGUUCAGACCUGCCCCCGUCGCCUCCACCCGCAGGCCUGCGGCGAGCCUGCAUCCCAGUGGAGGUGGCGGUUCAAGUUUCGCCCCACGGAGAGGAGCGUUUAGCCUCCACGCCUCAUGGAUUACGGCCCAAGCAGGAGAAUUUAUCAGAAAAAGAUGAGCCCAGCAGCUACACUUGCACAACCUGUAAGCAGCCCUUCAGCACUGCUUGGUUCCUGCUACAGCAUGCUCAGAAUACUCAUGGUUUCCGAAUAUACCUGGAAAGCGAACCUGGAAGCCCACUAACUCCCCGUGUGGCCUCUGCUCCAGGCAUGGGUGGUGACUGUGCUUCUCAGCCACCUAUACAUGCAGCCCAUCUAGGAGACAGUAGUCCCUAUAGCCUAAUGAGGAUAGCCAACAGAGAGGGCUCCUUAGUUCCUAGAGAAGGUCGAUAUCCCAGGACGCCUCCACUCUUUAGUCCCCCACCCCGACAUCAUAUGAGCCCAGACGAUCUGGCUUUGGCCCCCCACCACCCAAGCGCCUUUGACAGGGUACUGCGUCUUAAUUCGGUACCCUUGGACUCCCCAUCUAUGGACUUCUCUAGACGACUACGGGAACUUGCAGGCAACUCUGCUGGCUCUUCUCCACCCAUGUCACCCAACAGGCCCAGCCCUAUGCAAAGGCUGCUGCAGCCAUUCCAGCCAGGUGCAUCUCAUUCUCCUUCUGGUCCCCAUUCAACACCCACACAGCAAACACCCACCCUGCCAACUGUAAAAGCUAAAUCCUGCGAGUUCUGUGGGAAGUCCUUUAAGUUCCAGAGCAACUUAAUUGUCCACAGGCGUAGUCAUACCGGAGAGAAACCUUACAAGUGCCACCUCUGCAACCAUGCCUGCACGCAGGCCAGCAAGUUGAAGCGCCACAUGAAGACUCAUCGGCACAAAUCCUCCUCCACUACCUCCAAAUCAGACGAUGGCCUUUCAACUGCGAGUUCACCUGAGCCAGGUACAAGUGAUUUGCCAAGCAGUGCCACCAAUGCUCUUAAAUCAGUGGUGGCAAAGUUUAAAAUCGAGAACAAUGGCAUGAUCCCUGAAAAUGGACAAGAGGAAGAUGACGAAGAGGAAGAGGAGGAGGAAGAAGAGGAAGAAGAGGAGGAAGAUGAAGAAGAAGAGGAAGAAGAGGAGGAGGAGGAGGAGAAUGAGAGUGAGGCUGGUGAAAGGAAUGGUAUAAACUUUAGCUUGAGCCUAGAAGGUGCACGUCAUCACGAGAACAAUAGACAUCGACACAACAAAAAUGUGGAGGGAAUUCAGGACUAUCGAGAAGCGCUAAAACAUUACAAACGAGGAGACCACCACAGAUCAGCUCAUGAGACAUGUGGCGACAGUUCCCCAAAAGAGUCUUCUCAAGUUAACGAAGGGUAUGGACACAUCGUAAAUGGGUCGGCCUCCUACUCAAACGAUGACCUCUCAACGAAACUUCUUGCCGGAAGUCCAGGUUCUGACAGUCCUCUCACUAAGCGAAUCAAGGUGGAAAAAGACCUUGAUCUUCCAACUCCUACAAUCCCCAAUUCAGAAAAUGUGUACUCGCAAUGGCUGGCCGGAUAUGCCGCGUCGCGCCAGCUCAAGGAUCCUAUCCUCAACUUUGGGGACUCAAGACAAUCACCUUUCGCCACCUCUUCAGAGCACUCCUCGGAGAAUGGAAGUCUCAGGUUCUCCACUCCUCCUGGGGAGCUGGAUGGAGGCACAGCCUCUGGGCGUAGCGGCACGGGAAGCAGAGCCAGUACACCCCACCUUCCCAGUGGUCGCCCCAGCUCCAAGGAUGGCCGCCGUAGUGACACGUGUGAGUUUUGUGGCAAGGUCUUCAAAAACUGCAGCAACUUGACAGUACAUCGCCGCAGCCAUACUGGGGAGAGGCCAUAUAAAUGUGAGCUUUGUAGCUACGCCUGUGCUCAGAGCAGCAAGCUGACGCGGCACAUGAAGACGCAUGGACAGACAGGCAAGGACGUUUACAAAUGUGAGAUAUGCCACAUGCCUUUCAGCGUCUACAGCACUCUGGAGAAGCACAUGAAAAAAUGGCACAACGAUCGGCCAUUGAGCAUCGAAAUUAAAUCGGAGUAAAUUUGAUGAUGUCUUUCGCAGAACACAAUACUUAAAGCACAGCGUCAGAUGAGUAUACUGGCCGAAAAUUUUUCGAAACCGACGCAAGACUCUGAGCCCUUUCGAAUGUGCAAUAACUUUAUGUUUUGUACUCCUUUUCUUACUGGUUGGCAUGUGUUAGCUUGAUUGAUUAGCGGUAUUGCUGUUGUUACUGUCUUUUAUCGAAUGGGACAUUUCAUGCUGCAAGCGGUUAAUUUUUACAUAUCAUACCUAGUCGUAUUGUAUCAUUUAAGCCUGUAAUCUUUUGACUACCUACAUUCACACUGGGGUUUACACUGUUCGUUAGGGAUAUAGACAAACUUUAGGGUUACCAGUGAACGUUUGAAUGGUAACAUUUUACUAAAAUACUAAAAACGUUAGAAUUUUUAUUGUUGCUUGUGAAAAAGAGUGCCUUGGGUGUUCAAAGCAUCUGUGGUUUCUGCCGUUUGCCAUAAGCCUGGGGAUAUUGUUCAAUGCAAAAUGAGGUUCUUGCAUCAAGUACCUAUCGUGAAUUCACUAAAUGCAGGAAUCCAGUGUAUGUUCUUGUGUAUAUCAUUUACUAGCAUACAGUAACAUGUUGUGUUCCUUUUAAGUUUGCCUUUUGGCUUUGUGAGAUUUUACCUUGUGUUUUGAUAUCAAACAAACAGGUAUAUUAGUAAGUUUUCUUUAAACUUAGGGUCUAUGGGUUUUUUUAUGAAGGUUU